CCCACCGCGCCGGCCACGGGGAAGCGGCUGAGGCGGUUGCGCGAGGCGGUUGCGCGCGCCGCUGGCGGAGCAGUCUCUUUCCUCGCCUGCUGGGGGCUGGGCCUUGAAAGCCGCGUGGAGUUUGUAUUGUCCAACUCGCCGGCUCCUGCCGAGCGCCGUGCCCCGCACGUCUGUUUUCUCCUUUAAUCGUCACGGCCAGCCUCUGAGGGACCUUCUAAUCCCCACCGCACAGGUACCGGCAGCCACUAAUCUGCCUUCUAUCUUUGUGGAUUUGCCUGUUCUGGAUAUUUCAUUGCAGCUAUGGCUCGGGGUCCCAAGAAGCACCUGAAGCGCGUAGCAGCUCCAAAGCACUGGAUGCUGGAUAAGCUGACCGGCGUGUUUGCACCUCGUCCAUCUACCGGUCCCCACAAGCUGAGGGAAUGUCUCCCCCUAAUCAUUUUCCUGAGAAACAGACUUAAGUAUGCCCUAACAGGAGAUGAAGUGAAGAAGAUUUGCAUGCAGCGUUUCAUUAAGAUCGAUGGCAAAGUCCGCACCGAUGUAACCUACCCUGCUGGUUUUAUGGAUGUCAUCAGCAUUGAUAAGAUUGGAGAGAAUUUUCGUUUGAUCUAUGACACCAAGGGUCGCUUUGCUGUUCAUCGUAUUACACCUGAGGAGGCCAAGUAUAAGUUGUGCAAAGUGAGAAAGAUCUUUGUGGGAACAAAAGGAAUCCCUCAUCUGGUGACCCACGAUGCUCGUACCAUCCGUUAUCCUGAUCCCCUCAUCAAGGUGAAUGACACCAUUCAAAUUGAUCUGGAGACUGGCAAGAUUACUGAUUUCAUCAAGUUCGACACUGGUAACCUGUGCAUGGUGACUGGUGGUGCUAACCUGGGAAGAAUUGGCGUGAUCACCAACCGGGAGAGACACCCAGGUUCCUUUGAUGUAGUUCAUGUGAAAGAUGCCAAUGGCAACAGCUUUGCCACUCGGCUCUCCAACAUCUUCGUUAUUGGCAAAGGCAACAAGCCGUGGAUCUCUCUUCCCCGUGGAAAGGGUAUUCGCCUUACCAUUGCUGAGGAGAGAGACAAGAGGCUGGCAGCCAAACAGAGCAGUGGAUAAAAUGAUCUCUAUGUAACAUGAUUAGAAGAGUCUUUGUACUUAGUUAAAGAUAAUAGCACAUAAAAAAAUAAAGUUGUUUCCAGUCUGCUGCCAAUAAUA